AUGGAAAUGUUACGUCGUUGCUUUUGCCUUCAGAAAAUAUUUGGACUCCUGACCUGGCUCUCUACAAUAAGCAAUGCUGGCGGUGACUGGGAUCUCGCAAGCUCCUCAUCAACUCUAGUUGUUGUUAAUUAUGAUGGGACAGUAGUAUGGCGGCCCCCAAUCAUCUUUAAGAGUCAAUGUGAAAUCAACGUCGAGUAUUUCCCAUUUGAUAUGCAAAACUGUUCUAUGAAAAUUGGCUGCUGGACACAUCACGGUCUUUUGAUUGAUCUCAGGCAUACAAGCCAGAAAGCGAGAUCGCAGGCGCCGUUUGAUAAUUGCAGAAGCCAAAUUGAUCAUGCCAUGGACUUAUCAAUGUUCACUACUGAUGUUCAAUGGGACUUAAUAGGUGUUUCGGCAAGACGAAAUAUCGAAUUCUACCCCUGUUGCACAGAGCCUUACCUCGACAUAACGUUUUACAUAAUCCUCCGCCGCAAACCGCUUUUCUUUGGCGUGAAUGUAAUCUGUCCCUGUAUUUCCAUUUCCAUUUUAACUAUUUUGGUGUUUUAUCUUCCAGCAGAUAGUAGGGAAAAGAUAUCCCUUAGCAUAUCAAUACUUAUUGCCCUCACAGUGUUCUUUCUCCUGGUCUUUGAAAUAUCUCCGCCCACUAGCUUGGUGGUGCCAUUAAUUGUCAAAUUCCUGCUCUUUACCAUGGUCUUGAUCAUAUUCUCUACGAUCGCGACGGUAGUAGUUCUCAACGUACGCACUCGGUCGCCGGACACUCACAAAAUAUCGCCGUGGAUCAGAAGAAUUUUUAUCGACACUUUUCCGAAAAUCCUAUUUAUCAAGCGGUAUGAACACUUCGAUACAUAUAGUUUUCGAAAACGACUCAAAUCACCUAAUAAUAAUCGAAGGUUUAAUUCAAUUCAAACGUUUACCAAUGGAAAUGUUAACAUUUUGGCCGGUUUAUCGCCAGAACAACUCGAAAGAUCGCUUGACAAAGUUCGAGAAACAAUCCUCUACUUCCGUCAACAGGAAGAGUGGAACAAGGUGAAGCACUCCGACCGAAUUCGCUCGGAGUGGAAGUAUGUGGCCUUCGUGAUUGAUCGCCUGCUCUUAUGGAUCUUCAUCGGCACAACCGCAAUUGGCAAGCUCACCUUUCCUUUUUGUAUAAUGUGUACAUUUGUACACGCACCUAUGCUGUAUAUCAACGCACGAGCUCUUACAGCAUCAACAGCCCAUGCUGUGGAUGCCAUAAACGUUACUCGUCUAUCCUGCGAAACCAAACUAACCUAA